UGGCCCUAUAAUCCUUUCGCAGACAUCCAGAGUCUUCAGUCAAUCGUUUCUAAAUGCGGAUUUUUCUUUUCUUUCUUCUAGUUUUGUUUCAAUCGAUUUUUGCACAAUAUGAGUCACCAGAUCCAUCAUCUCCUGCUCCAUCAUCAAAUUAUUGUGCUGCUUUCGUAGAAUGUGCAGCAGUAUCCCUUCUUGAAGAACGUCUUUGUUUAGGAAAUUCUCUAUGGAGACCUUAUUGGCUUCCAGAAAGAAGGGAUACUUAUGACUGCCAUCAUAAACUUAAAAAUGAUUAUAAUACUUUGGAACGGUUAGAAGAAGAGCUUGACGGUCAGCUGAUUGCAUGUUUAAACGAAAAUGUUCAACCACUUGACAAGAAAACGAAUGAGCAAUGUCAAAUUCUGGGUCGUCCUGCAAGAUUCUCUUUCAGUAGAACUAUCACGUAUGUUCCAAAUCAUUGUUUCACUGGAGUGAAACGAAGAAUUGAAAGACAAUGUGGAGAAGUAGCAAAGUGUUGUCCGAGUAUUGAAAAAUGCAAGCUGUUAUCUUCUGAAUCAACUCUUCAAAAGAUGAUCAACACAACAAGAACAAACUUGAGAAAACGUGCAGAUGACUGUAAAAAGGGAAUGCCGAUUGCUCCAAUAUUUUUAGAUGGAUUACUAUUUUCUGAAGAUGAAUCAAAUGAAAAAACAUGGUCACCAACUGGACAUGUAAAUGUUCGAUUUACUGAUAAAGAAUCAAAUCAAGCUCAACGAGACGGUCGGAAAAAUGGUUUUGUAAAUGUUCGUUUUACAACUCAACAGGAAAAUGAAGAGAGAGCUCGUAAACUUUUGAUAAGAUAUGGAGAUAAGGAAGGAGAUGGAUUAACACUUCCAAAACUAUCAUAUCCACCACAAACAAAUGCAAAGAAAGAAUUCGAUCAAAAGUUUAAUGCAGCAAUGAAGAAAACAGAUUCAAUUAAACAAAGAAUUGAAACUCUUGAUCGAUCGAAAAUUGCAAAAGAAGGAUUUGAUUCAUUGAUUGAUGCAGCUACUGUUUCUGAAACAAUUAAUAAUAUGCCACCAAUGGGAACUGUUACUUUAUUACAAUCAAAUGAUGAUAAUAUUGUUGUUGAAGAUUCUGGUGACAAAACUUCAAUUUCAUCAUCAAUCGUAUUUGGAUCCUCAUCGGAAUCUGUCACUACAAGUCCUAUCAUUUUUGUCGAAAAAAUCGCACUUCCACAGAUGAACCAAACUAUUGAAAAAUGUAGAGUUUCUACGACUAUUCGAUUUUCCAAUAUUCUGAAAAUCUUGGGUGAAAAUCCAAAUUCGAAAGAUUUCAAGGAAGUGAAGGGACUUGUGGAAAGAUUUGAACAAAGAUUAAAAGGAAAAGAAUUGGAUGAUGAACAGAAGAAUAAGGCGAAAUUGAUUGAGAAGGCACUUGAAAUGCUACUGGAAAACUUUGAUGACACCGAUUAUAAAAAAGUUGAAAGAGACGUUGAAAAAGUUGUAAAUGAAACUCGAGAUCUCCCAAUUUGCCAAGAAACCGAAGAAUCAAUGAAUAGUACAGUUGUAUUCGAGUCAAUAGACGAUCCCACGUCAACUAUGCUCGUGGAUGAUAAUGGAGACAAGUUCAUUAUUCAGAAAGGAGCUACUACAUUGAUCGUAGGAGGUGAAAAAGAAGAAGAUCCCGAAAAGAAAAAAGGCGAGGAAGUGAUAAAGAACUUUAUUUCUGAAGAAUACAAAGUUGAAAUUGAUGCAUUCAGGAGAGAACACAAUCUAUGGACUAAACAGAACAGUAAUACAACACUAAUUAAAAGAAAUGAAACAACAUGUGAUAUGUACAUGCGAUGUCGUUCACAAAUGCAUUUGGCUGUUGAUAGUUGUGCAUGGAGAUUUGCAAGUGAUCAGUUACUGGCUACAAUGGCUGAAUCUGCUGAGAGCCUUUUGUAUAAGGACGACGGAGUGUGCUCACAAAAAGAUGGAGACAAAGUAAUUGAGCUUUACGAGUAUAUGAUUAAAAGAAAUGAUAAGCUCAGAAUCUGUUUAGAUAAUAAGAACGAAAAAUAUUUUGAAGAUUCAGUUUGUCUUGCUUAUCCUGAACACAAACGCCAUGAAUAUGAUGAUUCUCUCCGGCGACUUUUGAAUACAUCGUUUGAAUAUUCAAAAUCUAGAGAAUGUUUCCAUGAUGCUAAUUUGAUUCAAGAGAAGUGUACACAUCUCAGAGAUUGUUGUCCGAACUUUGAUGAAUGCCGUGAAGAAACUUUCGAGGUUGAAGUGGAAAGAACAAUUAUCAGCUUGACAGCUACAAUAAAUGAGAUCAAACAAGAAUGUGUUAAGAGAAAAGCCAAAGAAGCUGUUAAGAAUGUUGUUCGACAACUCCUUCUAAAUACAGAUGCUGGUCAAAAACUUCAAGAAAUUGCGCAACUUGGUUUAGACAUUUCUCGGGGAGCCCGAGUUGUUCGAAUGGCCAAAUACAGAGCAUAAUCUAUAAAAUAAUCAAAUAAUACUGUUUUACAUUCCAAUUAACUUUGCCGGUUAUCUCACUGGUGCCAAUUUUGUUUAUUGACUUUCCGGUUUCGCUUUAAUCAUUUCAUUCAUAUUUUCACGAGUAAUUUAAUAAUUAAUAACUUAUUAAUUUUUAAAAAACAAAUGAAAUAUUUU